AAACUCAAAGUGAACGGAACAUAUUGCGGAUACAAAUUUGUAGGCAUUAAAAAAAGAAACAUAGACAAAUUGUGAUUUUAUAGCUAUUGUGUAAUACAAAUAGAUACAAAAUACUCCGUUUCAUGUAAUGCACGUGGUUUGCGUGUUUGGUGUUUGUUUUAGGCUUCACUACAUAUAGUCACCCCCAUGGUGUGUGUAGCUUGCGUUGUUUUUAGAUGUCAAUAAUAAUUGACUCACUCUCACUUUGCGCAUUGUUUCGACUCACAAAGGUGCAUCCAAGGGUCAUUUUUCAAUAAGUGGCUUCCUCAAUUUAAACACACACACACACACUCACAUACUUUCGAAAAAGAGAAACAAAUUCGAUGUUGAGUAGGGUUAUUAAGUGAAAAGUGUACUGUCAUCAUACUCCCUAUAAUUUGGGACGGACAAACCCCUUGUUUUGCCGCUAUUAGUUGCUGUUGUUUGGUGUUUUUGUUUUCAUUCGUUUUGUUUUGCUUUUAUUGUAGCCAGAGAACUGAGUGAGAGUAAAUGAAUGCUCUCCCGAGGUCGUGUAUCUUAUCGCUAAGCAUUGUUUAUUAGUCAGUUAAGAAGUGAGUGUGCUCAAAAAGUACGGUAAUAUUUACUAAAUAACUGUUGAAACUUUCUUCUCUCGAAGAAUUAAAGGAACGAGUUUUGAAGAUAACGAUCAACAAUAGCAAUUUCCAAAUCGCAUUUGCAGCUUAAAACUUCAACACCAUGAGCCACAUAUCACUAUGGGAUAUGGUCAAGUAUACCGUAAGGGGUUUGGAUUACAAACUGGAGCAGUAUCGCCUGAGCACAGGUGCCACUAUAACCACAAAAAUCGCCAAAGGCCAGAUUAAGGGCACCAAACGCAUGUCGGUCUGGGGCAAUUCCUACUACAGCUUUGAGGGCAUACCAUUUGCCAAACCUCCACUGGGGGAUUUGCGUUUUAGAGCACCAGUAGAGGAGGACCCUUGGGAUGAUGUUUUGGAUUGUACUGGACCCGCUAGUAUUCCCUUUCAGGGCAAUAUGAUUUUCAAGAAAUACAAAGGCUCUGAGGACUGCUUGUAUUUGAAUGUUUUCACAAAUGAUUUAACUCCUGCUGCAGCUCGCCCUGUAAUGGUUUGGAUCUAUGGUGGAGGCUUUCAAUUGGGCGAGGCCACCCGUGAUAUGUAUAGCCCCGAUUAUUUCAUGUCCAAAGAUGUGGUCUUGGUGACCAUUGCCUAUCGUCUGGGUCCCUUUGGCUUCCUUAGCCUGGAUGAUCCCAGUGUGGAUGUGCCCGGCAAUGCUGGUAUCAAAGAUCAAAUAAUGGCCUUGAAGUGGGUGCAAAACAACAUUGCCUCCUUUGGAGGAGAUCCCAACAAUGUUACCCUGUUCGGAGAAAGUGCUGGUGGAGCUUCCACUCACCUAUGCAUGGUUAGUGAACGCUCUAAGGGACUCAUACACAAGGCCAUUGCCAUGUCAGGCUCCAUGCUGUGCCCCUGGGUAUUUGCCCCACCCAGUCAAUGGGCCUUCAGAUUGGCCAAAGCCUUGGGCUAUGAUGGAGAUGAAAAAGCCAUAAAUGUCUACAAAUUCCUGAAAGAUGCCUCCCCCAUUGAAAUUCAAAAGGCCAUACCCACCAUAUUGACCAGGGAAGAGAAACACAAUAGAAUCAUGUUGGUAUUUGGCCCCGUCAUAGAGCCAUACCGCACCAAGGACUGCAUUAUAGCCGAUCCUAUUUCUGAAUGUUUGCAGAAUACUUGGAGCAAUGAUAUCCCCAUGAUUUUGGGUGGCACCAGUUUCGAAGGUCUUCUCUUCUAUCCCGAAAUACAAAGGCGCAAAGCAACUUUGGACGAGGUCAAAGAUUGUGUUAAUCUUUUGCCCAUGGAUUUGAGUGUGGACAGACGCAGCACCAAGGCUCAGGAGAUGGGUGUGAAAUUGAAAAAGGCCUACUUUGGUGAUGAGGAGUGUAGCUCCGAGACAAUGUGGAAGUUUUUGGAGCUCUGCACUUAUCGUGAAUUUUGGCAUCCUUUGUACCGUACUGCCCGCUAUCGCAUGCUGUAUGCCAAGGCCCCCACCUAUGUGUAUCGUUUCGAUUAUGAUUCAGCCGAUUCGAAUGCAAUACGCCGCCUGAUAUGCGGCGAAGGAGUUCGCGGAGCCUGCCAUGGUGACGAUAUGGUCUAUCUAUUCCGUUUCAUGUUUUCGAAUCGUAUGCCCAUGGAAUCCUUGGAUUGUCGUGUGGCCAAGGCCAUGGUCGAUAUUUGGACAAGUUUUGCUGCGAACAGUGACCCCAAUUGUCUAUCAUUGGGUGAUGUGAAGGUUGAACCCUUAGCCAAGGAUCCCAGCAUGGUGAAAUGUCUAAAUAUAUCGGAUAAAAUUGAUUUCAUUGAUUUGCCAGAGCUAAAGAAGAUACUCGAUGUGUGGAAUGAUUUCUAUCCCCAAGGAAAAUUGUGAUUUGUCCCGGUGGCAAAUUUUAGAGUUUUGGCUACCUCAUGUGUACAUAUUAGACUUAUGUGUGUUAGUUUUAAGGAGAGGGAAUGUAAGAGCCAUACAACCACACUUUGUAAACAAUUGUUGAUGUCGGCUGUAUCUUUAAAGGUUUAUGCUAACUAUUGGAAAAUAAAACAGCAAAUGUAAAAAUUUGUAAUUAUACCCUCCAUCAUAGGAUGGAGGUAUACUAA